AGAAAUUUGCCGUAAAGGAUGUGUUGCAUCAAUGAGCAUUUAUUGGGUGUGUGUUCGUUGUAUAGUGGCAUACUUAACCUGCGUGAUCCUACACUCUAUGCUCUUGCAUAUGCCACUAUCAGAUUAUCCUUUUACCGAAUUGCCUUCUUGCAGAUUACCUAUGUACUAGAAAAAUAGAGGGAAAAAAAGGAGACGAAGAAGAAGAAAG